GGAUCUUUUUGCCUCUCCUCCUUCUUCAACUUCCCCCUCUUCUCAAGUCUCCAAGAUCUGGUUUUGAGAGGAGAGAGAGAGAGAGAGAGAGGAGUGAGGAUUCAGGAGAUCUAGGAAUUGAGCAGCAGCUCUGAAUUGAGAGAUACAAUCAAAGGAAUGAUAUAACAAGAUCCAAGAGAAAAAGAGAAUGGGGAGAAAUGGGAAAUGGUUGGGAGCUGUGAAAAGAGUCUUCAGCCCUGAAUCCAAGGAUAAGGUCAACAAAUCCAAGAAGAAAUGGGGAUUUGGGAAGUCUAAGCAAUCAGAACCAUGUCUUUCAGAGUCACUGGACAAUGUUGCUGCCCCAAGUGCAGCUCCGGCACCGCCGCCUAUUCCUCAUCCUGAGGAGGUUAAGUUGGCUGAGAAUGAGCUAACCAUGCAGACUCAGUCAGUGGCACUGCCCACUGCCAAAACCGCAGAACCGACUUCUCCUGCUGCUCCAACUCCUGCUGAUUUUGAGCGUGUGAUUACUCCGUCGAAGUUCUCUGUAAAAUUAUCCGAAGAGGCUGCUGCUAUCAAAAUCCAGACUGCUUUCCGAGGAUAUCUGGCGAGGAGAGCGCUACGGGCUUUGAGAGGAUUGGUUAGAUUGAAAUCACUAAUUCAAGGUGAUGCUGUGAAGCGGCAAGCUACAACCACACUGCGAUGCAUGCAAACACUGGCAAGAGUUCAAUCACAGAUCCGUUCAAGAAGGAUUAGAAUGUCUGAGGAGAAUCAAGCCCUUCAACGACAACUAUUGCUUAAAAACGGAAGAGACCUCGAGAAAUGGAGGGGUGGAGAUGACUGGAAUGACAGUCCGCAAACGAAAGAGCAAACUGAUGCAAGUCUGUUGAGUAAACAAGAAGCUGCUGUUCGAAGAGAAAGAGCGAUGGCUUAUGCAUUCUCUCAUCAGUGGAAGAGCUCUUCAAGGUCAGGGAAUCCACUGUUUACAGAUCCAAGCAAUCCACAAUGGGGUUGGAGCUGGUUGGAACGCUGGAUGGCGGCGAGGCCAUGGGAGAGCCGGAGUGUGGCUGAUAAAGAAACAAGCAACGAUCAGGCCUCUGUGAAAAGCGCUGCCCGGAGUGUUGCUGGGGAUAUAACCAAGGCUUAUGCUCGUCGUGACUCCAACUCAGAACGUGUCUCUGGUCUAUCCCUGAAGGUGAACCGCCAUUCCCCUGCAACCCCUCCCUUUAAGCCGACACCUCUCACCGGGAAGAUCAAAUCGGCAAGCCCAAAAAGUGGCUGGGCGAUGUUAGAUGAUGACUCAAGGAGCAUGAUCAGCCUGCAAUCAGAACGGCAUAGACGACAUAGCGUUGGAGGAUCAUCAAUAAGGGAUGAUGAGAGCCUGGCAAGUUCUCCGGCUGUCCCUAGCUACAUGGCUCAAACAGAGUCAGCCAGGGCCAAGUCCCGGUUCCAAAGUUCGGCAGCAAGCGAUGCACCUGAGACACCAGAGAAGGGGCUUGUGGUGAAGAAGAGGUUGUCUUUUCCUGCCGGAGAUAAGAAUGGCGUGACUUCACCGGCGAGUCUGGGAAGGCGACAUUCCGGCCCUCCCAAAGUUGACACUGCCUCCAUGAAGGACAUAGCCAUCAAUUCUUAGGACCAUGAAAUCAUUGGAGGGAAUUUAGCUGUUCAAAUAACAGAUUGAAAUUACGGUCUAUUUAUUUAUUGUACUUUUGAUUCAUUUGUCUCUUGAGUGUAAUGUUCUUUCAUGAUACCUUCUUUGCAGAGAUUGUGCUUGUCUCGCAUUGACUUGUUUAAAUGCAUGCAAUAUUGUUCUAUUUCAUUU